CGCGUGACAGGGGCCCGAGCCGAGAGGCCAGGAGGUGGGAGUCUGGGACCCCAGUCAGGAGAAAGGCGACCCGCAAAGGUGGAACUAAACUUGCAAAUCUCGAUAGGGAUUGGAGUUGAUGCCGCGGGGGCGGAGCCUAAGGCCCACGGUCCUGGCCAAUCAGCGUCCGGGAUGAUCUGAGAGGCCGGGAAGGGGAAAGCAGCGAAACGGUUCUACCGUGACAUGCCGCGGGGUCUAGUGGGAGGAGCAGUUGCCCAGCGGCCGCCCGGCACUUCCUGUUUCCGGUUCCCGGAGUGGAGCCCAGCGAGGCGCUCGUGGGGUCGCUGGCUCUGCCGCGAGCUCUGGAACCGGGGUCUGCGGCCGGCCCCUCACUGGUGCUGUCUCCCAGCCGCGAGCAGGAUGUUCCCCCUCUACAGCUCCUGGAUGACUGGCCUGCUGCUGCUGCUGGCCGUGGCAGUAAGAGAAUCCUGGCAGACCGAAGAAAAAACAUGCGACCUGGUAGGAGAAAAGGAUAAAGAGUCAGAGAAAGAGUUGGCUCUACUGAAGAGGCUGACGCCGCUGUUUAACAAAAGCUUUGAGAGCACCGUGGGCCAGGGCCCAGACAUGUAUAUCUACAUGUUCCGGGUGUGCCGAGAAGCUGGCAACCAAACCUCUGGGGCAGGCCUGGUGCAGAUCAACAAAAGUAAUGGGAAGGAGACAGUAGUAGGGAGACUCAACAGCACUCAGAUCUUCAAUGGAAGUAAUUGGAUCAUGCUGAUCUAUAAAGGGGGUGAUGAAUAUGACAGUCACUGUGGCAAGGAGCAGCGUCGGGCAGUGGUGAUGAUCUCCUGCAAUCGACACACCCUAGCGGACAAUUUUAACCCUGUGUUUGAGGAGCGAGGCAAAGUCCAAGACUGUUUCUACCUCUUUGAGAUAGACAGCAGCCUGGCCUGUUCCCCAGAGAUCUCCCACCUCAGCGUGGGUUCUAUCUUACUUGUCACGUUUGCAUCGCUGAUCGCCGUCUAUAUCAUCGGGGGGUUCCUGUACCAGCGACUGGUGAUGGGAGCCAAAGGAAUGGAGCAGUUUCCCCACUUGGCCUUCUGGCAGGAUCUUGGCAACCUGGUAGCAGAUGGUUGUGACUUUGUGUGCCGAUCUAAACCCCGAAACGUGCCUGCUGCGUAUCGUGGUGUGGGGGAUGACCAGCUGGGGGAGGAGUCGGAAGAAAGGGAUGAUCAUUUAUUACCGAUUCUUCUGGAAAGGGAAUGGAGGCAGAAGUGGGACAUCCAGGGCUCUGCCACCUUCCGCCCUGGCUGCGGCGGCUGCAGCACUUGUCCCUUUUUCUGGCUCAGGGACGUGUCUUCUUGCCCACGACAUUACUUCUGUGGGGAGACGGUCUUAAUCUUCUGAUGCUUCCACCUUUCUGUUCAGGCCGUGUGCCCAGAAACCUGGCCUGAUCUUUGUGUGAUAGUGAGCCUGGGCCACUGAAGAGUAACAUGGCUCCACUGGACACAGGAGGAUGGAAUCAAUAGGCAGGGGCCUCUUUUAGCCUUUAGAGAAGGAAAUGAAAUGAUUUCAUCUUUGGACUUUUAAAUACUAUUGGAAUGAUUUUUUUUCUUCUUUCUAAACAGGGAAAAUAAUGUUAUAAAAGCAUCUUUUUUGUUAUUUGUUUGCAUCCCUCCCCCACACUCUGGUGUUUUAAAAAUGCAAAAAAUAUAUGUAUACAUUUUUUUGUACAAAAACACUUAAAAGAUUAAAAAGAAAAACACGUUG